AUGGGUGAUAUUGAUGGAUGGGCACACAUUGAUGAAGAUUUGUUGCUAGAAAUUUCAACACGGUUGUUUUCAUACGAUGAUUAUAUCCAACUUGGAUUGGUUUGCAAAGAAUGGAGGUUGAAACUUCCAAAGAUUCCCAAUGCCAACAAUGUUCCGUGGCUGCUAAUACCUGAAGAAACAGAGAAGAAUUGUUAUGAAGACGAGGAGAUCUAUCAUCUCAUGCAAUUACCUGUUGCAGGUCAAGAAAUUCUUGAUACUCACGGCCUUAAAGAGCGGGGAAUCUACCAUGUCAUGCUGCCAAACAUGCAGAUGCAGAACUCUGUCAUCCGUGGUUCUUCUCAUGGAUGGUUAAUUAUGGUAUCCUUAUCUGAAGGUACCCUGCUACUGUUAAAUCCAUUUACAAAUGUUGAGUUUAGUCUUCCUCACAUAUCAACUUUUCCUAAUGUAAUUAAGUACGAGCCUGAUAAUCAUGGAGACGAAUACACUCUGUUGGAUUUUCAAGACAGAAGUGAAACUUUUGAUUGCGAUUCGACUCAUAAAAUUCAACUUUUGAAGGUUGUUAUAAAUUCACCUCCUGACUGCAACAAUCAUAAUUUUAUGGCGGCUGCCAUAUAUGGAUUUCAACGUCGAUUAGCCUUUUACAAGCCUAAUGAUAUGAGAUGGGUAGAGUUUCCAACUAGAAAUACCGAGUUUGAAGAUGUUAUAUUUUUUGGAGAGAAGAUAUAUGCAGUAAACCAUGCUGGCCAGUUAUAUGAAUUUGAUACAAAGACAAAAUCAGGGCGGCUUGAGGGAGGAAUCCAUGAAGUCAGACCUCCAUCUCGAGUUGACACAAGCACUUUAACGAUUAAAUAUCUGAUUGGAUGUGCCAAUGGAAGUUUAUUAAUGUUGACAGGAAAUCAGAUAUUCUUCUCCGAUAACAUGAUAGAGAAAUCAAUUGACUAUGCUGCUGCUCAAGAUCUUGGCGUCUUUAGUUUGGAAAACAGACGUUUUUAUAGACUAUUGUUAGAUGUGAAGUUUUUUUGUCCUCCCCUUUGGUUGCUACCCUAAUU